AUGUACCAUCCGGCGUCCGACACCUGGAUGACGCCGAAAGACAAACUCACCGCUCUCGGCUUCCCAACCACUCCUGAAACCGCCAUAGCGAUGGGAGUGCCCAUUCUGCCAGUGGCAGAUGUCAGCAGCGCAAGCGGCCGUCGCAUUGAGACGGAGCACUACAACGGUCAGACGACGUACAAGGAUUGCCAUCUCCUGGACUGGCUGGAGAGUGCGGACCCCACAUGGCUUCAAAGAGACGUCUUUAAGGGCGCCCGCCGAGCCAAGCUCUUCUCCGCCCUGGCGUUCAACUUUGGCUGGCUGCCAAGCGAUCUCAAGUUGUCGGAUCUGAAGAGUGAGGUGCAGAAAGGUGCUGCGUCGCAGUACGAACGGCGCAACAGGCCAGCAGCCCACACGGGGUGGGGCCCCGACGAGAUGCACGCCUACACAAAGUACCAACUUCGGCAGUUUGCCCAGAACAAGCUGAAGCGCCGCGCCAUCGGAGGCUAUAGCUGGCUUUUGCCAGCGAAGAGCUCAACCGGUGAGCCCGCGCCGUUGCCGGAUGAAGUGUUGAAGAUGGAGAGCAAAGCAAGCGGCUCCAAGCCCAAGCGCGACAAGGCUAAGAGGGAGAGGUCCGACAGCAGUGAGUGUGGCUCACAGAGCUCCAAGUCAAAUUGUGAGGCCAAAUCCCGCGACUCCAAGCACAAGCGUGACCGUUCACAGCGCGCUGACCGCACCAAAAUGUCUAAGAGAGAGCGGCAGGACAAGGCCAGCGAGAGCGACAGCAGUGAGCAACCUCAGGAGAAGAAGCGCAGCCGGCGUGACCGUGACACUGGGAAGCGGAAGAAGCGUGCACAGACCGACUCCCAAUCCCCAGCCCAGAGCAGCUCCGAGUCGGCCCACCCCGCCUCAACCACGACCAAGACAACGCCCAGGGUCGCCGGCUCUCCUAAGAUGCUGAAGGGCAUGCAGAAGCAAGGCAGGAAACAAGAGUUUAACAAUAUUCGUACUCCUGCAUCAGUUCUCAGUUUGCCUAGUUUGCCUUCUGGCUCAUGUGAUCGAAAGUGGCAUUUUCUCUUGCGCCCCGAAUUGUUGGAACGCCCCCCGACUCUUUAA